GGGUUUAUCACAUCUUCCAGUUGUGGAAGAGGCGCAUCUGCAUUAAACUCGGUUUUCAUGGUAUUAGGGCAGCUCAUUUGUACACUCAACGGGCUGCUGGUUAGUUUCGGUUUUCAUGGUAUUAGGGCAGCUCAUUUGUACACUCAACGGGCUGCUGGUUAGUUUCGGUUCAAAGAAGAAAAGAACGACGGCCGCAAAAUUCUGGAAAAGGAAUCGUCAGCGACGAGGUCGCAAGACUCGUCACUCAAGCAGUGAACUGGGCCAUUCCAGGUCAAUGAACGGUAUUUCUCGAAGACGUCCUGUGAAGGGUUCGUACUGGACUUGCAGCAGGACUACGAAGUGUUCAACUUCCUGGGAAAGGGCGGUUUCGCUCAGGUCUACCGCGCUCGGUCCAAGAACUGCGGACUUGAAGUAGCCAUCAAGAUGGUGGACAAAUCGGCCCUGAAGCGCAUGGGCGUGAGCAGCACCCGUGUGCAGCAAGAAGUCGCCAUUCACUCGAGACUCAAGCACCCCUCCGUUGUCGAGCUCUUCAACUACUUCGAGGACCGCGAGUAUGUCUACCUGGUGAUCGAGUACUGCGAGGGUGGCGAGCUCCAGGGCUACCUCCGGGCGAGGGGCGGCCCCCUCACCGAACCCGAGGCCAGCCGGCUCCUGGGGGAAAUCGUCUCCGGCAUCCUCUACCUCCACUCCCACUGCAUCCUGCACCGAGACCUGAGCCUGUCCAACCUGCUGCUGACGCGGGACCUUCACGUGAAAAUUGCAGAUUUUGGGCUGGCCACACAACUCAAGGGUCCCUGGGAACGUCACACCACGAUGUGUGGCACGCCAAACUUCAUGUCUCCCGAGGUUGCCUCUCGGGACCCCCACGGACUGGAGGCAGAUGUCUGGAGUCUCGGAGUGAUGCUGCACACAUUCCUGCUGGGGCGGCCUCCGGCACAGGGCUGCUCCUUCGAAGUGCCGGCCGGACUCUCGAACCAGGCGAGGCUACUCCUGGUUCAGCUGUUGCAGAGGGAUCCGAGGCAGAGGAUACCCCUGCGCCGCAUUCCCGAACAGGCCUUCAUGUGCCAGGCGGGAUGCCCUCUGAGGCCCCUGCCUUCGAGCCUCGGACCUCCCAAGGCUCCCCUCAACACCACGGGCUUGCGACCAGCUAGCCUCUGGGCACGCAACAUGCGGGUGAGUGCGAUGGGACCGCCCGUUACCGCGACGAAUGCCGUUACACUCCGUUCGACCCUAAAGCCGCGGCCACACUCCUAAGACACUGUACGAAAUGCAAUUUAGACCUGUGUAGCUUCAGCCGCUUAAUAACCUUGCAAGAGUGCAGUCUACGGCACUCUGAGCUAACCCCACGAGACCCCAGUUGAACUGGUAAAAGUUCCACUCGGGGCGCCAUAGGCACGAUAAUUUGUCGGGAGCGAGAUUGCAACGGACCACCGUGCAUUCGUGCACGGAUGGCGCUCGUAGAAUCAGUGAGGCGUGCAUUCACGGCAAACUUUGUGCACUGAUCUGCUCGUCGGGCCGGUGGUUUGUGCUGAUGCUACAUCUCGGAAAGCCGCACGCACGUCGUUCUAAAGGAGAUUCUCAAACUUUCCAACCACAAAG